UAAAAUAAAAUAUUAUAGUGAUUCGAUUCCCUCGAACAAUCUCCACAAAUGGCUAACACUGACGCCAAGUUCAUUCUAACCAUUUCUGCAAUUGUGCUCAAGGGUCACUGGGCUAAACUCUUGAAACCCAAUAUCGUUUCAUCUCUCUCUUCAGCAACCAUUCACCAGGUCCUUCUAAAUCUCUCUCUGUUUACUCACAGUCCUAAUUCGUGGGCAUUCUUUAAAUGGAUUGAAUCAACAGUACCCAAUUACAAGCACUCCUUGCAGUCUUCUUGGAUUAUGAUUCAUUUUUUAACAAAACACAAACACUUCAAGAAUGCACAGCACCUGCUUGAAAAAAUUGCUCAUAGAGACUUUUUAUCAACUCCGUCGGUUUUGAAUGCUUUAGUGAAAGUUCACGAUGACCCAGCUGGGAAUUCUCAUGUUUUGAGCUGGUUGGUGAUAAUUUAUGCAAAUAUGAAAAUGACCCAAGAGGCUGUACAUGUGUUUGAUCAAAUGAGGGUUCAUGGUUUAAGUCCUCAUUUGCAUGCUUGUACUGUGUUGUUGAAUUCUUUGGCAAAAGAUAGGUUGACUGAUAAGGUGUGGAAAGUGCAUAAGAAGAUGGUUAGACUUGGAGUUGUUGCUAAUAUUCAUGUGUAUAACGUGUUGCUUCAUGCUUGUUGCAAGUCAGGUGAUGUUGAGAAAGCAGAGAAGUUGUUGAGUGAAAUGGAAUUUAAGUGUGUGAAACCUGAUCUUUUUACGUAUAAUACGUUGAUUGCUUUGUAUUGUAAAAAAGGAAUGCAUUAUGAGGCUUUGUGCGUUCAAGAUAGGAUGGAAAGAGAAGGGGUGACUCUGGAUAUUGUUACGUAUAAUUCUCUUAUUCAUGGUUUUUGUAGAGAGGGUAGAAUGAGAGAGGCUGUGAGUCUGUUUAGGGAUAUUAAAGGUGCUACUCCUAAUCAGGUCACUUAUACUACUUUGAUUGAUGGAUAUUGCAGAGUGAAUGAUCUUGAAGAAGCUUUGAGACUGCAGGAGGAAAUGGUGGUUAAAGGAUUGUAUCCUGGGGUUGUUACUUAUAAUUCUAUCUUGCGCAAGUUGUGUGAAGAAGGUAGGAUAAGGGACGCAAACAGACUCUUGAAUGAGAUGGGUGAUAAGAAUGUUGAACCAGAUAAUGUCACGUGUAACACUCUGAUUAAUGCUUAUUGUAAGAUAGGCGAUAUGGGGUCUGCAAUGAAAGUGAAGAACAAGAUGCUUGAGGCUGGAUUGAAGCUAGACCAAUAUACUUACAAGGCAUUGAUCCAUGGAUUCUGCAAAGUUCAGGAAAUGGACAGUGCUAAAGAACUCUUGUUUGGCAUGCUUGAUGCUGGAUUUGCUCCUAGUUAUUGCACCUAUUGUUGGCUUGUUGAUGGCUAUUGCAAAAAGUGCAAUGAUGAGGCAGUAAUUAAACUUCUGGAUGAAUUUGUGGGAAGAGGUGUUUGUGUUGACAUAUCAGUGUAUAGAGCACUAAUAAGGAGGUUUUGUAAGAUAGAAAAGGUUGAUUGUGCUCAACGAGUAUUCAGUCUUAUGCAAGAAAAUGGUAUAUCUGGAGAUAGUGUUAUUUAUACUAGUUUGGCAUAUGCUUACUGGAGAGCUGGAAAAGCAAAUGCCACUUUAGAUAUAUUAGAGGAAAUGUAUAAAAGAAGGUUGAUGAUAACUCUGAAACUCUUUAAGUGUUUCAAUGCUUCUUAUGCUAAUGAUAACAAUAUCUUGGGUCUCUUUUGGAAUCAUGUAGUUGACAGAGGCCUAAUGUCAAAAAAUAUUUUAAAGGAAAUGGAGCAGAUGAAUUCACACUCAUAAAGGAAUCUGGGAAUUUCAACAAAGUUGGAGUCUUACAUUUUCAGUUCAUUGAAAAGGUGAUCGAGCAUCAGAGCAUGUAUAGCCUCUUUUGUUGCAAUUGGUCAUAGUAUGCACGGAUUGGAACCAGCAGAUGAUGGAAUGUUCCUAUUAGAGUUCUUUUUCUGCCAAAAAUCAAGUUAUAUGCAACUUCUGGUAAGGUGGAAGGUCAUCUGGCAGAUAUGGAUCGGUUUAUAGCUGACAUGUGAGGUUCAUUUUUUUAAAGUAUGGAUUUUCUAAUGGAUCAUGGGAUCAUCUUAACUAGUGACAAAGAAAAUGUGACUGUAUAUUACAAGGCACUGAUCCAUGGAUUCUGCAAGGUGCAAGAGAUGGACAGUGCUAAAGAGCUCUUAUUUGGCCUGCUUGUGCCUGUUUUCCCUGUUAUUGGACUUAUUCAUGGCUUGUUGAUGGUUGCUGCAACAAAUGCCAUAAAGAAGCAUUAAUAAGCUCUGGCCUGAUUAGUUUUAGAUAAAUAUAUAUUCUGUCAAGUCCGCCGGUCUUGAAUGGAACACCUUAAAUACGUAUAAAAGAACCGGCAAUUUACUAUCUCAUUAUGUUGAAGCAAAGACAACAAUAGAAUUACGGAAUGCAGCAUGGCCAAGAAAAGCAAAGCUCCAGGAAUGGGAGUGUUAUAGCUUAAACUUUGUUGGAGCCUUUGUCUUUAUGCUUGUAUGUACUUGUGUAGUUGUGUUUGGUAAGAGACCUUCCAACGGCUUAAUUGCUGCAAUCGAAAUCGGAAUAAAGUUCAACCAAGUAAUUGUUUGGUCUAGAUUUGAGCCUCCAAGAU